GUUCCCCUCCUCCCCCCAGCAGGGUUGCGUUCAUGCAGCAACGCAGGACGGAGCUGCAGCUGUGGCGCUCCUAGCCCACGUGAAUGCAAAGCGCUGCAUAGGGGACUGUUGCACUCUUAGUAGUUGAGAGGUGGGGAGUGUCAGACUAUGUGGCUUUAAAUGCUUUGUCAUUGUCUUGAAACUGGAUCUCUGCCUGCUGCAUGAGUGAUCGGGAGUCAGGGCCGGAGGAUUCUCAUCUGCAACAAUUAGACCAUGUUCUAAAGGUUAAAAACAGAAGUGUUCAGUUUAUUAAUUUAAGAAAUGCAGGAACUUUGAAUGACAAAAGUUCUUUAGAUGAGAUUACUUACGAAAAACUUGCUGAAGAAACACUGGACUCAUUAGCAGACUUCUUCGAGGAUCUAGCAGACAAGCCUUUUACACCUGAAGAUUAUGAUGUCUCCUUUGGGAAUGGAGUUUUAACAGCUAAACUAGGUGGAGACAUGGGAACCUAUGUAAUCAACAGGCAGACACCGAACAAGCAGAUUUGGCUGUCCUCUCCUACUAGUGGGCCCAAACGUUACGACUGGACUGGAAGAAAGUGGGUGUAUUCUCAUGAUGGAGUAUCCCUUCAUGAAUUACUAGCAGUGGAACUCUCAGCGGCACUGAAAACUAAAAUAGACUUAUCUCCCUUAGUAUACUCUGGAAAAGGUGAUACUUGAUCAUUGUCUACCUCAAAGAAAUCAAAAGACUUUGUCCUGUUGCCCCUCUUUGGUAUAUAGUUCCUAAGGUUCACACCUUGUUCUACGUUUGUCUUCAUAUUUUUUGUUUCAACUUUACUAUGUUGUGUAACAAUAAUGUGAACAUAAUGUAUUUUUCUUAGCUCUGCAUGUUUGGGUUUAUGUGUUAGUGUGUGGAUUUGUGUUUGUUAUAUGGAUUUUUUUUGUGUCACUGCCUCCAAAAUUCAUAGCUAGGAGUAUGGUAUUGGACACUGGUUGCCCCAACUACAUUCUGACUGGUUGGUUGGUGAUUCAUCAGUAGUGCACACAUUGGAUCUCAUGACCAAAGAAAACUCUGCUACUUACCUUAGGCCAUAUUGUGGAACCCUUACUCAGGUUCCAUUGAAAUCAAUUAGAUGAACUGGGGGGAGUAAGGUAAUAUUCUAUGUAAGAGCCUAUUGUGCUUAAAAGAAAAUAAGGAAAGGGAAAAUUGUUUUUUUCUUUUCUAUAACAGGUGUAAUAGGGAUUUUCUUCUUAAAAUAUCACAGGAUUUAAUCUGAAAUUCACAUUUCUGCCUUUGCCUCUUCAGACUUAUCCUUUUAAGCUAAGCUUCCAGCUACCAGUUCUGCUAUCAGCAGGGGUCCAAAUGGUACAUGGAGCUGAAAAAAGUGUUUGAUUUAGUUUAAAUGUCUAAUGAUACAUUCAUAGUUGUAGAGAAAGGGAUUUAUAACCUUUUCUCUAUUCCUUUUGCUAUGAGUGUCUUCAUAGCGUAAGCAUACAUUGCAUAAAUAUAUAACUCUUUAUUAUUAUUAUUAUUAUUAUUAUUAUUAUUAAGCAAAGCAAGGAUGUUCUGUUCCAACAGCAAUAAGCCAUGCCAAUUUUUGCAUUGGCAUAGCUCAUGCUGCACUUCUCAUGUAGUUGAAAUGAGGCCAAAGGCAAAGUGACAAUGCAAGGCUCACGCUGAUGCAAACCUUGUUGUGUUAUUGCUACAUUCUUAGGACUGAGAAACUGGAGUCUUCGGACUAGCUGAGAAAUAAAAAGAAAUGAGGACAAAAAUAGGUGAUUCACUCUACGUAUUACACCAAAUAACUUGUAAAAAAUAAUUUAAUAAGUGACAUGCAAAUGUGUGACGCUAUAAAAUUUGCCUUACUGUAACAUUACCAUUAUUUCUUUUCAAAAAUUGUAUAUAAAAAGGGAGCCCAAAUUUGCUGUCACAUUUGAAAGACUGAGCCACAUUUAUGUAAGCUUUUAGCAUUACAUUAAAAGAGGCCUGGUACCGAUUUUGAAAUGCAACAUUUUCUUGGGUUCUGAGUUCCCCAGACAACUUCCUUGUGUUUAGAAUGACAUGGCUGCCUGGUUGACUAAUACUGUUACUGAUGUGUCAUUGAAAGAUAUCUAAUAAAUAUACAGUAUUCUUA